CAUGCGCAUGAUUGUAUCAGGCGCUUUCAUGACCACACUUCCGGUUGUUUACAAGCACCUGUGUUGUAACAUAUUUCAUAGUAUAUGAGCAAAUUCAACGUUUGAAAGGAAGACGAUGCGUCUUUGGUGACAAUGGGUAAAGACAAGAACAUACUGUACCUGGGGAAUCUUCGUCGAGACCUACACCUGGUGGAGCUGAAAAAGAAUCUGUUGGAACUCUUCUGUAACUAUAUCGGUGUUGUCGUUGAUUGGGAUGAUAUCGAUAUCAAGAAGGGCAAGCUGGCAUGGUUUGCCUUUGUGGAUCUUCACGACGAAGGCGAGGCUUCGGAGACUCUCGAGGAGCUUGCCUCCUGGGAAAACCGCCGUAACCUUCGUUACAACUUCACGUACAUAGUGCAGCCAUACGAGUCGCUGACUGUUGAUUAUAAAAAAGUGAAGAAACAGAGGAAAACCAAGAAACCUAAACCAGAAGAACAAUAUAACGAGGAACAUUCCUCGUCUGGUUCCAGGAACAAUAAUGCUGAGAGAACAGCGAGCAAAGGUACUAAAACACAACCUACUGUGAAACAGACUGCAGGGACGGCUUCAACCAAUGACAAAAAGGUCUCUGCCAACCAGACUGUAAACGAAGGAGAAAAGAAAAUUUCUCCAAGCCCUUCAAAACCAAAGACUGCAACAGCCAGUAAUGCAGAAGGGCGGGAGACCAUGACGGCUGGUAUGACAAAACUGAGUUUGAGCGAAAACCACUGCUCAACGUCGACCUCCAUGACCGGGUGUCCGGUCAAGGGGUCGCUUGCGGCCACAUCAACCACUGGUCUGGAACAGCCCUCUGGUCGACACUACAACGCUGACCAGUUUGUUGGCACAGAGACUCGCAGCAGAGAGUAUAAGCUUGGUUCUGGUAACUAUAUCAAGAAACAGCUUAAUAAGGAUGUUGGGAGAUAUGUGUGUGGCUUUCUCAACAGCAGAGAGGCUGGUACACUGAUGAUAGGAGUCAGUGAUGAGGGUCGUGCGAAAGGUGUGGAAUAUAGUCAGUCACAGGAGGACAAGGCCAGAAUUGACAUCGACAUGGCUUUCAAAAGUAUAAGCCCAGCCAUCUUUCCCGAACAGUACACUGUCCAGUUUGUUCCUGUCCUCACCAACAGCUUGCCUUCUGAGCCACCCCUCUGUGUGUUAGAGGUGAAUGUUAACGUUCAGGAGGACACAGAGGUAUUGUAUGCCACCGGUGGGGAUGUCUACGUUCGGCGCGACGGCAGCAUCCAAGGGCCCCUUAAGGGGGCUGAUAUCCAAGACUGGACCAGACAGAGAUAUCAGAGAAAGAUCCAGAUGCUCAGUGAGACAGUGCAGCUGCAGGGGGAGAGACUGUUAAAACAGGAACAACAGAAUACCCAUCAAUCGAAAGUCUGCACACUUUUAUGAUGUUCCUCAAACCCAGUGCCCGUUUGCUACGUGUGUUUCCCAAAGUCUGCAUCCUUUUUCGACAUUGUAGAAUCUACACCCCCUAAUCUGUAACUUUGUCCAAAAUAAGUGUCUGGUAACUUUUAUAAUUAUAGUACAUACAAUUUGUGUUCUUGUAUGACAGCAUUGAAGUGUAUGUCCUUACUGUAGGGGUCCAAAUCUUACACAUCAUGGCGCCUAUACUUACAGUGUUUGUUUAUAUGAAGAUUCCUAUAGCUGCGUUCUUCUAGCCAUCCUCGAUACUCCAGGAGUUACGCUCACUUUCACUCUCUGCACCCCUGGAAUAUGCCAUAGCAAACUUGAAGGCAUGUGGCUAGCUUUAUUUGAUUGAUCUUGGGGGAAAAAAAAUGAUGAAUUUGAAGAUUACAGAGGAACAACAGCUACGUACACUCGACUUCAAAGCAAGUCAAUUUUACCAUUUUGCAACCAACAGAUUCUUUUGAUGAAUAAAAAACGAUCAAACUAGUCUCCUCUUAUCAUUCGCAAGGUGGCGCACACCGAGCCUUCAAUUUUUCUCUGACAUAUUCUAGGAGUGUAGAGAUCGAAAGUGAGCGAUCGAGGAUGUCUUCUUGGAACAUGUGAGAUCUGGCUGGUUGGAGGUGCAGGUCUGAAGGAAGAUUUAGCACACAGCAUUAUUCAAGUGUUAUUAUUAUAAUAUGGUGAUGAACUGGACAAUUUGUACAGGGAUAUUGAAAGGGAGUACCGAUGUUACGGAAUGCAGUCGUUUCCAUAUCAGGAUGUUUCGUUACUUGGAUAAGAUGUUUUCGGUACGGUUACUUCGAAAAGCAAUUUCGAUAUUUCAUAAUGUUUCGGCUAUUUGACCAACGUUUCAGAUGUGUACCUUUUUGGUUUGUUGUCCUGUGUGUUGCUGAUUUUAUGUUUCAAGGUUCCUCAGCAUUUUUUGUCUUUACGAAAAAUACCAAACCAUCCUAUGGUUAGAUACCAAAACUAUCAGGUAACGAAAUGUUAAGAAUUUUGAUAAUGUAUGUUAGAAAUAUAUUGAAACAUGUAAUUUGUUACAUGUUAAGCGUAUUUUUAUGAAAUGAUAAACAUAUAUUUGAAAUACAAUUCGAUUGAAUUAUAUGAAUUAUGUCACAAUUGUUUGAUCGCUCCAAUUUUUGCAUUUUUAGACAAGUUAUAUAUCUAAUAUGAUUUAAUAUAUGUUUGUAUAAGUGGCAGAGGCUGCAGUGGCUAAGUGGUUAAGGCGUCUGACAUUCUGCUACCACUAACCCCCCACCACUUAGUCGCUGGUUCGAGACCUACGUGGGGCAGCUAGUCGCCAGGUUACUGGCCUUAGGUUGGUGGUUUUCUCUUUGAGAACUCCUGGCGGGCUUUCCUCCACCACCAAAACCUGGCACGUCCUUAAAUGACCAUAGCUGCUAAUAGGACGUAAAACACAAAGAAACCAAACCAAAUUAUAAAUGGCAAGUCACGAAGUACGUACAGUGUAACCUGUGAAAACUGGUCAGUAAUCUGGAACCCUGUAUAAAUCGACCUUCACAAAGAGGUUGUGCUAACACUGUACGUCAAGCUUCAGUAAUCCAUUCACCACUUGCUACAAACAGACAUGUUUCAGCGAUGUUCAGAAUUUAGCACUUCUCUCGCUCUCAAAAUUAUUGUUGGGCACAAUAAUGACUACAUUAAUUAAAGUUUUUGUAUAUAAUUUCUUAUUACAUAUUUUGUGAGUGCGCGAAUUCAUCAAUGUGCUUAUCUGUUAAAAAGUUGAUAAUACGCUAAAAUCUGACCCCACCAAUAUAAGUCUUUUCACAGUAUCUGGUUUUCCUGCUGUCUUACUUAAGACUGGAAAACCAAAAUUGAACCACUCUUUACAAAAGUAAAAAAACAUUAGAUGUAUCACAGUUCAUAUUUUUCAAUUAUGUUGCCUUAGAAUGCAUUAAGCCAUUCAAUCUGUGAUCUGUUUUGCAUACAGUCAUUUGCGAAAUACGGAAACAGUAAUCAAGGUAUUCUAUAAAUAUCUCGUAAGAGCCCUAGGUGUUUAUUUUGUUUGUAAGAACACCUAUCAAUAUUUUGUCUCUUGAUACAAAUAUAUAUAUAAUCAUUCUCUGAAUUUUCAAUAAAUGAACAAAAUCAUGGUUUGAUGAUCCAUUUUGGGUACUCUUACCUUAUAAUUAGCCAGCAUUGUUUUGGUGACAGAUUUCCUUGUUUGUUAAUAUGAUGUUACAGCAAUCCUGUCAUGAUUCAGUCGCCCUAAGAUGGAGACAUACUGUUGGUAUGCAAGUGACUGAAUAACAAACGUUGACAUGAUUGGGGUUUUUAUGUGUGAAGUUGUAUAAUCUAUAGUCCUCUCUUAUUAUGAAUGAAACGUUUUCUUUUGUAUUUGUAAAUUGAGCCUGUGCAAUCCCAGGAUCAUUUUCUAUUAAGCAUUUUUUUUCCUAAGUAAGUCUCAUUUUUUAAAAUUUUAACUGAAAAGUUUGGUCCAAAGGAUAUUGGUCAAUUUGGAAAGGUUUUUCACCGCGUAGGUGGUUGGUGAUUGUUUGUUUGUUAGCCUAUAGCUAAAUCAGUAUUAAAUUGUUGACCCAUUAAAAAGAUAUGUGACUGUGUGGUCGGUAUGUGUGGGUGUGUAACGUUCCAUACAAACAGGAGAAAUAUCUAGGUUUAAAGAUCCCUGUCCCACUGCACUGUUUUGGUAUACACAGUAACCUCCCCUUAAUUGCAUUUUGGAUAUACCUGUAGAACAGUUUCAGAGGAUGUACUUUAAGCUUACCCCCUGGGGUUUUGAGGAUGGAGAAGACCUGCAGUAUUAGAAAUUGUAUGUUAGUCAUUUUAUGUAAACGUCUAGUAUUCAGUGUUUUUGUGGGCAGUACCUAGUCGACAAACUAUUUCUUUAGUAUUCAGUCCGACUGAAAAUAACAUUUAAGGCAUUAAACAAAUUCUGUCCUAUAAACAAAUUACCUCACGAACAUUUUUAUUUUCAAGUGUAGAUACAGACUAUGUGUCUGUUAGAUACAGGCUACUGUAAAUUGAGGUAAGAUAAAUGAUGCUGUAACUUAAGUUUAGAUACAGGCUACUGUACAUUGAGGUAAGAUGAAUGAUACUGUAACUUUAAUUAAGUUUAGAUACAGGCUACUGUAAAUUGAGGUAAGAUAAAUGAUACUGUAACUUAAGUUUAGAGACAGGCUACUGUAAAUUGAGGUAAGAUGAAUGAUACUGUAACUUAAGUUUGGAGACAGGCUACUGUAAAAUGAGGUAAGAUAAAUGAUACUGCAACUUAAGUUUAGAUACAGGCUACUGUAAAAUGAGGUAAGA